CCAACCCAACCCCUCGUGCCCUCCUCUCUCUCUCGAUCGAACCCUAGCGGUCCACUCCUCCCUGGCCGCCACCACCUCCGGCGCCCUCUGUCCGCCGCCACCUCCGGCGCCCUCUGUCCGGCGAGAUCGAUAUGGAUCGAUCCCCUCCAACCCUCCGACUCCACGACUCAUCCUCCUCCUCUCUGGAUCCCAAUCCCGGCCUCCUCCACGCUGAGCCGAGCGACACUCCCCACUCCCAGACGAAACCCUAGCCUGAGACCCCUUCCUCCUCGAUGGCCAACCCCUCCAUGGCGGCCGGCGGCAGGAUGCCGUUGGCGGAGGGGGUCCGCACCGUCGGGGCCCAGAUCCGCAACCGCAUCCGCAUCUUCGUCUUCUCUCUCUUGCCGGCUCCGACAGAGAGACAAACUUCCAAAUCUCUCUCGCUGCGGGCGAGCGGGCGGGGAUGGAGAGCCCCACAUCGGCGGCGUCGCGGGUGGACUUCUACGGCUUCCUCGACCGCAUGCGCCGCCCAGAGGCCGCCGGCCUCUUCCGCUCCAUCAAGAGCUUCCUCACCUCCAUCUCCCUCGACGAGCCCAGCACCGAGGCGGACGGCGCCAGGGUCCAGGCCUUCUUCACGGAGAUGGAGGCGGCCAUCCGGGGGCACCCGCUCUGGGCCGAGGCCACCCACCAGGAAAUCGACCACGCGCUCGAGGGCCUCAAGAAGUACAUCAUCACCAAGCUGUUCGACCGCACUUUCGCAGCCUCGCCGAAGGACGCGGCCGCCGACGCCGAGGUCUCGGACAAGAUCGGCCUCCUGCAGCGCUUUGUCAGGCCCCAUCACCUCGACAUACCCAAGGUCCUCAACAACGAGGCUUCCUGGCUGUAUCGGCGACAACAAGAAGGCCUGGAAGACCGGACACUGCAGGGCACUGAAGAUAAAGCUUACAGAAAGAAAAAAAGAUCUUGAGACUUUACCCCUUGCUAGAUCCUUCGGUGGAGGUGACCCAUGUGAUGGUGAUUCACUCCAGCAGUUCUGGUUUCGGCAGUGGUGGUGCUACACUGCUACUGCUCCUAUGAUGGCUACACAUUGGUUGGCUUGGCUGCCUCCCUUGGCUCUCGCUGUGAUCGUGAAGCUUAGCCUAGGCUACAACCACUUCCGAUGAGCUCCUCAGGUCCCCUUCUACCCCCCUACUCGCUCCAUGAUUCUUUGCUUUGCCUUUGUGAGGUGUAAUUGUUUAAUUUUUCUCAUAGUCGAGCAUUGGAUGAUAUAUUGUAUCUGUCAUGAGGUACAUGGUUCAUGGAUAUGCCAACCUGCAGCUUGUUGUGCUAGUGAUAGUAGGAUAAUGCAAGUUUUGACAAUCUGUACAUAUUCCUGCAUGUUAGUGUCUCCCCGUGUAAGUACGAAUUCUGGUGAUGUCUUCAUCAUAGAUGAUGCUCUGCCUUUCGCAUUCAUUCAUUCUCUGUCUAUUCUAGGAGUCCUCGUAUUUAUUUGAAAAUCUGUGCACAUGUACACCAUUCUAGAGAAGCAUUCCCAUACCAACACAUGUAUUUGAAAAAUCUAUUCAAAUCUCCUCACUUCAUAUGUUGCUAUCAACACUAAGUUCAGAGUGUAGCAUGCUGUUAAGAC